AAUUCCCUUUUCCUCUUCCUCUCUUGUCCUCAUUCUCAUCCUUUAUCGCCGCAUUUCUCCCCUUUUCCGUUUGAAAUAUUUCUACUUUUCAACCUUAAAAGAGGAAAAUUAUAUAUAAGAAAAUAAUGUCAAACAAGUCCCCUGUUUUCUCCAUUGCAGAAUCUCAACAUUUCAAUGACGACAACUAUGGCUUCGACCCUCAAAUUGAUUAUUUCCAGAUUAUGAAAGAAGCACGGAAGAUUAAAAAACAUAGCCACCGGAAAAAAUGGUGGAAAAAUGCUCUGUUCUUCAUCAAGUGGAAAAAUACUAACGCCGGUGAUCUCAACUCCGGCAGCUUCCGCCGCCGCCGUUCUGUUCCCGGCGGAACAACUUAUGGGCCUGUGUAUAUUACUGAGAGUAGAACUGGGUCGAGCUCUCCUUGCUGGAAAAUUCGCCGGCGGUCCUCCGGCCGACUCGCCGGAACUAUGAUUCCGAGCAAGAAAAGUGAUUUGGACAUACCAUACAUUAAUCUUAAGGAGCUCAAUGUGGAUCGACAAGAUCGAAUUUCGAGAAUUUCAGCUGCUCCCAUUUACUUGGUCACUUGAAGGAAAGCGCUUUUUAAUAAAAGUGAUUUCAUAUUCCGAAUUCGAAUAUGAAUUUCUUAAUUGAAAAUUAAAACAUAUUUAUCACCCGACCACAUCUCAACGUGAUAGAUUACUACUGUUAUUUAAGUUUGUAGUUACA